UGGCAAAGAUCGAUAAACUUUGAGCGGACCCGGCGAGAAAGAAAAUCUGUCUUUGUGGUGCGGGGGCUCUUGGGUGGUCGCGGAACUGGGCUCUGCGCUGGGAAAGGGAAGUGGAGGUCUCUGCAAGAAGAUGAAUUUGGCUGAGAUUUGUGACAAUGCAAAGAAAGGAAGAGAAUAUGCUCUUCUUGGCAACUAUGACUCAUCGAUGGUGUACUACCAGGGGGUGAUACAGCAGAUUCGGAGACACUGCCAGUCAGUCAGAGACCCGGCUGUCAAAGGCAAAUGGCAACAGGUUCAGCAGGAAUUACUGGAAGAAUAUGAACAAGUUAAAAGUAUUGUCAGCACUUUGGAAAGUUUUAAAAUUGACAAGCCCCCAGAUUUCCCUGUGUCCUGUCCAGAUGAACCGUUUAGGGACCCUGCUGUCUGGCCGCCCCCUGUACCCGCAGAGCACAGAGCUCCACCUCAGAUAAGGCGUCCCAAUCGAGAAGUAAGACCUCUGAGGAAAGAAAUGCCUGGAGCAGGAGCCCGGGGACCUGUGGGCCGAGCACACCCGAUAUCAAAGAGUGAAAAACCCUCUGCCAGUAGAGACAAGGAUUACAGAGCGAGAGGAAGAGAUGAUAAGGGAAGGAAGAAUAUGCAAGACGGAGCAAGUGAUGGUGAAAUUCCGAAAUUUGAUGGUGCGGGCUAUGAUAAGGAUCUGGUGGAUACCCUUGAGAGAGACAUCGUAUCCAGGAAUCCUAGCAUUCAUUGGGAUGACAUAGCAGACCUGGAGGAGGCAAAGAAGCUGCUGAGGGAAGCUGUUGUUCUCCCGAUGUGGAUGCCUGACUUUUUCAAAGGGAUUAGAAGGCCGUGGAAGGGUGUCCUGAUGGUGGGACCGCCCGGCACUGGGAAGACUAUGCUAGCUAAAGCUGUUGCCACUGAAUGUGGCACAACGUUCUUCAAUGUUUCCUCUUCUACACUGACAUCUAAAUACAGAGGUGAAUCUGAGAAGUUAGUCCGUCUGUUGUUUGAAAUGGCUAGAUUUUAUGCCCCCACCACGAUCUUCAUCGAUGAGAUCGAUUCCAUCUGCAGUCGAAGAGGGACCUCCGAUGAGCACGAGGCGAGUCGCAGAGUCAAGUCAGAGCUGCUCACUCAGAUGGAUGGAGUUGGAGGAGCUUUAGAGAAUGACGAUCCUUCCAAAAUGGUCAUGGUAUUGGCUGCCACUAAUUUCCCAUGGGACAUCGAUGAAGCCUUGAGAAGGAGAUUAGAAAAAAGGAUAUAUAUACCUCUCCCAACAGCAAAAGGAAGAACUGAGCUUCUGAAGAUCAAUCUUCGUGAGGUUGAACUGGACCCUGACAUUCAGCUGGAAGAUAUAGCAGAGAAGAUUGAGGGCUAUUCUGGUGCCGAUAUAACUAACGUUUGCAGGGAUGCCUCUUUAAUGGCAAUGAGACGGCGAAUCAACGGCUUAGGACCAGAAGAGAUCCGUGCACUUUCUAAAGAGGAGCUUCAGAUGCCCGUUACCAAAGGAGACUUUGAAUUGGCCCUUAAGAAAAUUGCUAAGUCUGUCUCUGCUGCAGACUUGGAGAAGUAUGAAAAAUGGAUGGUUGAAUUCGGAUCUGCUUGAAUUUCUGUCACCUCUUUCAUUUCUGGUAUUUUUACUUAUAAAAUGUGAAGAAAUUCCUUGCAGUUUUUUUAAAAACAGGUUCAGAACUUUUCAUGGGAGAGAUUUUUCCCUUAAAGGGAAAAAAUAACCCAAACCACCGAGAGUGUAAAUAUAGUUGAGAAGGAAGAAAAGCGGACAGAGAGAGCACCACCGUCUCCACCGCCUGGCUGCUGUCCACUUGUUCAUGCCUGGGCAGCGCGCGUCCAGACCCAGGCAUCAGGGAGGCCGAGGGAAGCGCUCGGUGCGCUCUUGUAGAAACCUGCCUACCGAAGGUUUAGGACUCUCUUUCUCACUUGCGUCUGUUGGGGUUUUUUUGUGUUUUUUCUAUUCUUUUUUCUGAAUAUGAGGGACCUAGAUACAUUGACUUUUAACAUCAACACUGCGUUUGUGUCAAAUUCAUCGUUUGUUGUCAAAAAUGAGUUUUGAAUUAAAUAAUGAAUGUGUUAGUUAAACCUUUAGAGCUCAACUCUUACUGUUGCCAUCUAUCAUGUAGUUGAAUUUUUACCCUCCCUCUCCCCACCACGUCUUCUCUUAGCCAUCUGACCAUUUCUUCAGCUUCAGCAUAUCCUCAUGCCUUGGGGUCUUGGAAACGUUUUGUCUGGUGGUGUCUCUGGUCUUCCGUAUUUUUUGCUGGUAUUUAACACUUUUGAUGUUGGAAACUGGGAAGAAUGCUAUGAUUGCAUCAGGCGCAUUUCUUCAUUCUAGACUUCUGGGCUUGUUUUCGCUUUUCUUUCAGUACAUUGAAACAGAUAACACCGUUUCUCCCUCGGCUCUAGCAAUGUUUGACUUUUGCUGAACUUGAAUUUCAUAUACUAAAUAAAUGCGUGGGUAUUCUAAACAAGUCCACUCUCUUGUGGCUAGUGCAACACAAAUAAAACAAAAUCUUUAUAA